AUAUAUCUAUUUUUACACAUUUGGAGAGAUAUUCAAGAUGGAUCAGUUUCUUGACGUGUCUCGGUUUUGCUACAUGUUCUUCAAUAUUUUCGUCGUAGUUCUUAGCCUUAUGUUCUUGAAGCUCUUUCUACGUUGCUGCAUAUUGCCAGUUCGAGCUCAAAAGAAGCUUAGAGAAAACGGAUUCGUUGGUCCACCUCCUAGUUUUCCUUUAGGAAACCUUAAUGACAUGAAGAAGCUAAAGACGGCCUUGGUAGCGGAGAAGAGCAAAUCUUCCAUCAUAAUCAACCAUGACAUACAUUCAAUCGCACUUCCACAUUUCGCUCUUUGGCAACAACAAUACGGGAAAGUGUUUGUGUACUGGCUAGGCAUAGAGCCGUUUGUGUACGUGGCGGAUCCUGAAUUCUUGAGUGUUAUGUCGAAAGGAGUAUUGGGGAAGAGUUGGGGAAAACCAAAUGUUUUCAAGAAAGAUAGAGAGCCAAUGUUUGGUACCGGUUUGGUUAUGGUUGAAGGCGAUGAUUGGACACGUCAUCGCCAUAUCAUCACUCCUGCAUUUUCCCCUCUUAAUCUUAAGACUAUGACAAACAUGAUGGUGGAAUCAACUUCAAACAUGUUGGACCGAUGGUGCAUACAAAUAAACUCUGGCAAUCUCGAAUUCGACAUGGAGAACGAGAUCAUAGGAACAGCUGGUGAGAUAAUCGCCAAGACAAGUUUCGGAGUUCGAGGAGAAAACGGAACUCAAGUCCUCAAAAACCUAAGAGCCAUGCAAUUCGCUCUCUUCAACUCGAACCGCUACGUAGGCGUACCGUUUAGCAACGUUUUGGCUUUCAAGCAAACACUUAAAGCCAAGGAGCUAGGUAAAGAGAUCGACGGUCUUCUUUUGUCCAUCAUAAACGAACGGAAGAGAUCUCUGGUUGUCGAAGGAGAUCAAGACCAUCAUCAUCACGAUCUUCUAGGAAUGUUGCUAAAGGCCGAUAAGUGGAAGUUUACGGCGACGGAGCUUGUGGACGAAUGCAAAACGUUCUUCUUCGCUGGCCACGAGACAACGGCUUUAGCGCUUACGUGGACGUUCAUGCUUCUUGCGAUCCAUCCCGAGUGGCAAGACACGCUCAGAGACGAGAUCAGACAAGUCAUCGGAGAUUCCGAGAUCGAGUAUAACAAACUUGCCGGACUAAAAAAGAUGAGCUGGGUGAUGAACGAGGUUCUCCGGCUAUAUCCGCCGGCGCCGAACGCACAAAGACAAGCUCGGAGAGACAUUGAAGUGAACGGUCGGGUGAUUCCGAACGGGACAAACAUUUGGAUCGAUGUGGUGGCGAUGCACCACGACGCCGAGUUAUGGGGAGACGACGUCAACGAGUUUAAGCCGGAGAGGUUCGACGGUAAUUUGCACGGUGGUUGUAAGAACAAGAUGGGUUUUAUGCCGUUUGGUUUCGGAGGGAGGAUGUGUAUUGGUCGGAACUUGACCACCAUGGAGUACAAGAUUGUCUUGUCGUUGGUUUUGUCUCGGUUCGAGAUUUCGGUUUCUCCCGGUUAUCGUCAUUCUCCGAAGUAUAUGCUCUCUCUUAGACCCGGUUUCGGUUUGCCUCUAAUUGUACGACCACUUUAGAUUACUACAUUAACGCACAAAUUUUAAGAAGAAUUUUCAAAAUAAAAAUUUUAGAUCAGAAAUUAAGUUCUAUACUUUUAA